GGCCACUCUGCAUUUAACUUGCUUGUCAUCGCAUUCGGCAACUCACAAACAACUUGUAAUUUUCGUUAAAAAACCCCGAAAGUAUAAAUAUAAUUGCAACAUGGAGACUCUACUGGGUAUCAAGGGCCCUGACUUCGUGAUGCUGGCGGCGGACACCACCCACGCCCGAUCCAUUAUAGUGAUGAAAGAGGAUCAGAACAAAAUCCACAAGGUGUCGGAUAGUCUGCUUAUUUCAACCGUCGGCGAAUCGGGCGACACGGAGCAAUUUACCGAAUUCAUUUCGAAGAACAUAGCGUUGUACAAGAUGCGCAAUGGCUACGAUUUAAGUCCACGUGAAUCGGCUCAUUUUACUCGCAAGAAUCUGGCCGAAUAUCUUCGCAGUCGCACGCCCUACCAAGUGUUCAUGUUUGUGGCCGGCUACGAUCCCAACGCGGGUCCGGAGCUCACCUUCAUUGACUAUUUGGCCAAUGCACUGCCUGUGAAUUACGCCGGUCAUGGCUAUGGUGCGAUCUUCGCAUCCAGCAUCUAUGACCGAUACUGGCACCCCAAUAUAACCCAGGCGGAGGCCUACGACGUCUUCAAGAAGUGCAUUGCCGAAAUCCAGAAGCGCCUGGUCGUCAACCUCAAGAACUUCACCGUCGCCGUCGUGGACAAGGAUGGUGUGCGAGAUUUGGAGCCAAUCAGCGCUGCUAGCCUGGCCGCUUAGUUAGGUUUUGAUUUAAGCAUUUAAAAUGCAGUUUUGUAAUAAAAUGCGUCUGGAUUCUUGGCUAAUUUAAUACACGAAGGUGGUUUAUCGGUUUAAAAAAAAAUAUAUU